AAACAGUGGUAUAAUUCUAGUUGUAUGCUAUUUGGAAUAAUUAUAAUUUCUUUAUUUUUAUAGCCAUAUUGUGAAAAAUUAAUUGAAGAAAUGGAGCCUGAUAAUUACACAAGGGUGACAGAAUUUGUUCUUACUGGCCUGUCCCAGACUCGGGAGGUACAAUUAGUCCUAUUUGCUAUAUUUUUAUCCUUCUAUUUGUUCAUUCUUCCAGGAAACAUCCUUAUCAUUUGCACCAUCAGGCUUGACCCUCAUCUGACUAAUCCUAUGUAUUUCUUGCUGGCUAAUCUGGCCUUUCUUGACAUUUGGUACUCCUCUAUCACAGCCCCUAAGAUGCUUGUAGACUUUUUUGCAGAAAGGAAGAUAAUUUCUUUUGGGGGAUGCAUUGCACAGCUUUUCUUCUUGCACUUUGUUGGGGCCUCAGAGAUGUUCCUGCUCACAGUGAUGGCCUUUGACCGCUAUGCUGCUAUCUGUCGCCCCCUCCACUAUGCUACCAUCAUGAAUCAACAUCUCUGCUUCAUCCUGGUUGCUCUUUCCUGGAUGGGAGGCUUCAUUCACUCUAUAAUACAAGUGGCUCUCAUUGUACGGCUUCCAUUCUGUGGGCCCAAUGAGUUAGACAGUUAUUUCUGUGACAUCACACAGGUUGUCCGGAUUGCCUGUGCCAACACAUUCCCAGAAGAGUUAGUGAUGAUUUUUAGCAGCGGUUUGAUCUCCGUGGUGUGUUUCAUUGCUCUGUUAAUGUCCUAUGCUUUCCUUCUGGCCAUGCUCAAGAAACACUCAGGCUCAGGUGAGAGCACAAAUAGGGCCAUAUCCACCUGUUACUCCCACAUCAUCAUAGUGGUGCUAAUGUUUGGGCCAUCCAUCUACAUUUAUGCUCGCCCAUUUGACUCCUUUUCCCUAGAUAAAGUGGUGUCUGUGUUUCAUACUGUGAUAUUCCCUUUACUUAAUCCCAUCAUCUAUACAUUGAGAAACAAGGAAGUAAAGACAGCUAUGGGGAAGUUGCUCAACAGACAUAAUUUAUGUAAAGAGAAGUGAAAGUUAAACUCUAUAGUCCUUCUGAAGAUCGUUGUCUUAAAGUAGGAAGCAUUUGCAGUGUAACAAUGCUGUUUUCACUUCC